CGGGGCUGCUCGGUUUUCUUUGAGAUGUCCACACCCAUCUGACGGAGCCCUUGCCGCUAUGCCAUGGGCGGCUGGGGACGGCGGGGUGACUCUCGCGAAAGGAGCCGCGACGCGCGGCCGCGGGACGCACGGGACGUGCGGGACGUGCGGGACGUGCGGAGCAGUGACCGCUACGGCGAGCGCGGUGAGCGCUACGAGCAGCGCGGCAGGGUUUACAGCCCACCUACCGAGCGACGCGAGCGAAGCUCGCAGCAUGGUCGUUCCAGUGAAGCUCGGAGGUCGAGGUCGCGGAGGCCGGACUUUGAAAAAACGCCUCCGGUGAGGGAGGCCUUGCCGCGGCGCCGCCGCGUCCCCGUCGUGGAUCAAACGGAGGCGGCGCCGGGCACCACAGCGGCGCCUAAGGUGAAGCCACUGCGCAAGAGCAAAUGGGACGAUCGAGGAGACGGUGGCGGUGCCAAUGCCGUGCCGGACUGGGUGAAGGAUCUUGAGCCUCGACCCGUUGCCACGCCGCUGCCACAAAACCCGUCUCCUCACGACGGAGGGCCAAUGGUAUCCAGAGAUAGCCUGAGGCGCAAAACGAUGCGCUUGAAAUCGGUGCAGAUCCGGGUGCUACUGGGUCGAGGGGGAGAAAACAUCAAGCAGAUCUGUGACCGGACCAAUGCGGAGAUCAAAGUGGAUCACGAUCGAAUUUCCGAUGAAGGUGAUAUCAACAUCACGGGUGACGUCGUGAGGGCCGAAGCCUUGAUCCGGGAGACCUUGGCGCAGAAAGGUUGUCCCAUGGACGAUGAGUUGUCCCAACCGGUGGAGGAUGAAUUGCUCCAAGUGCCAGGUGACAUGGUAGGUUUGUUUAUCGGUCGAGGAGGGGAACACAUCAAGGCCAUCCGCGAUGCUUGUGGUGGAAGUUUGUACAUUGGCGUGAACCCUCCACCCGAGGGGGUCGGUCUCCACAAGAUCCAAAUUGUGGGCGAUCAGCGAGAGAAGGCAAGAGAGAUGGUGUUGCUCCGGCUGAAGGAGAUGUGGGAAGCCGAAGCCAAGAAAGAAGCCAUGCCAGCCUCCCGGCCGCCGCCGCAGCCAGCGCCGCGUCCAGCCGCGGUGCCGAUGGCGCCCACCACGCCAAAAGCACCGGCCAUGGCUGUGGCGAAUGUGGCGAAUUUCAACAGUUGGGGGUCUUGGGAUGACUGGAGUGACUGGUGGGGCGAUGGAUCCCAUGGAUCCCAUGGCAUGCAGCCAGGCAUGUUCAACGCCAUGACUAUGGCCAUGGGCAACGGCAUGGCUUCUAUUGGCCGGCGGCCACCAGCGCCACCAGCGCCGCAGUGGAUGGGAGAGACGCAGCCUGUGGUUGCUGAAGCCCCGAGCCCUUGGCGAGAACAUGGAGGUACUCAGGUGGCAGAGCCAGUGGCUGAGAUAGAGGAAGAGAACCCUUGGGCCGGCAUCGUGCCAGAGUGCGAACUGCCGAGCUGAGAUGGUGACAUCUAACCGAAAGCUGAGUUUUUUCCACGGAAGUUAGUCGUUUCUGUUCAACCACAUGGCUAUUGGUCAAAACCCUGGCACCUAGUGAAC